UUUGACGUUCACACUCUCCGACCUCACACUCUCCACCUCUCUGCCCCAUCUUGCUCGGCAGUAGUCAUGUCGGAGAAAGGAGGAAAAGGGAUAAAAUCUUCUCUCAAAUCUCCUUCCAAAUAUGGAUCCGGCAAGGAUGAUAACUCAACCAAAUCUAAGAAGACGAGGAAAGUCCAGUUUGAUCCUCUAGGCACAUCGGAUUCUAAGUAUAAGAUUGUGCAAGACUCUGAUUACCAAUUUCAAGGAUCUUCUGCUAAAGGUGGGAAAGGAACCAACGCUAAGAAAAUUACUCGGUCCAAAGAAUCUCAGCCGCUUGAGCUCAAGACUGAAAAGGAGCUUCCAGAGAAUGCCAAGUGUUUGAUGGACUGUGAGGCUUUUCAGAUUCUAGAAGGCAUCAAGGAACAACUAGCUGUGUUAUCUGACGAUCCUAGCAUAAAGAUUCCUGUAUCUUUCAACAGAGGACUGGAGUACCUGAAACUUGGUAGUUGCUACACGAACCCUCAAUCUGCCAGACAGAUCCUUGAACCUCUAAAAAAGCAUGGUGUCUCUGAAGGCGAGCUGUGUAUGAUUGCAAAUGUCUGCCCAGAAAGUAUUGAUGAAGUUUUUGCCUUUGUUCCAUCCAUGAAGGGGAAGAAAGACAAGAUCAGUCAGCCUUUAGAAGAGGCAUUGACGAAGCUAUCCAAACUCAAAUGAUCUACUUAAGGGAGUAAUUGCUAGAUAAUGAAUAAUUCGCACUGAUGAAUGGUUUAACCGUAGUAGUAAAGAUGUUUUGGUUGGGUUAGGGGGUUUUGGGCAUGAAUUGCAUCAAGUAAGAUCGGUCUUGUAAAUGAUCUAAUGCUGUCACAACUACAUUUUCUGUUUGUUUUAACCUGUUCCUUUCUUAAAAACUAGCAAUACAGUUGUAUGGAAUGUUCUUAAUCUUGCAAAGACAAGUAACUCUUGC